AUGCAACGAGUGAAGGAGAAGCGAACGGCACGUCGGCAGCAGAGCACACGGCUGCUCGAAGAAGCCAAGGCUGCUUUGGACACAACGGACAUCGGUGUGUUGUGCUCGGUGAUCGAUAGACUUCAGGUAAACAACGAAGAACUCCUGAAGCUCAACGCGGAGCUGGAACAGUCCAUAGCCGAUGAAGAAUUUGCUGCUGAGAUCAACGAGGUCAUCAAGUACGACGAUGCAGCGAGGGGAAUGCUCGGACAACUGAAAGCACGGAAGGUGGCAUUACGCCGAGGCCGAGCUUCAACAAGAGUGGAGACCUCAGACCCACCUCUGGGAACCCACCCUGGCGGCGAAACCUCAACCCGCAGCGCCGUCAAGCUUCCCGCUUUGCCGUUACAGACCUUUAGCGGCGAGUUGAGACAGUGGCGCGCGUUUUGGGAGCAGUUCAGGGAUGCGGUUCAUUACAACAAUAGCCUCACGAAAGGGGAGAAGUUCCAUUACCUCAGGAGCCUACUGAGUGGCGUGGCGGCCUCAUCCAUCGCAGGAUUGCAAGCAACAGGAGACUGCUACGAUGAUGCCGUGUCUCUACUAUCAAGGCGCUUUGGAGACACCAGGCAUAUCGUGCAGGAGCAUCUUGCACAGCUGAGAAGCCUGCCCUCAGUGCGCUCAUCUGGGGAUGUUCGUGGCUUGAGAAAGCUUUUGGACCAUGUGCAUUGUCACGUGCGCGGGCUGAAAGGGCUUAAUGUGGGUGCGGCGACAUACUCCACCAUGAUGACAGAUAUACUGCUCAAGGCGCUUCCAUCCGACAUUGUGGUCUCCUACUACAAGGAAACAGCGACCACUCCAAGCCCAAGAAGCCCGACACGAGAGGCUGAAGCAGGCGACGCCUCCACUUCAUCCUCAGUUUCUACCGAUGGUGAGCUGGAACAACUUUUGACCUUUCUCCUCAUUGAAGUCGAAAGUAGAGAGCGAAGCGGAAUCGCAGAUACUGGGGAGGAAAAAGACCAUAAGAAGAAAUUCCAAAGAGAACAGGCCCCUCCACCGCCAACUUCAUCCGUUCUGCAUGUGGUAUCUGAGGUAAAGAAGCAGUGCUUGUUCUGCACUUCAACCAGCCAUGGUACAGAGGUCUGCGACAGCGACAUCAGCCGCGAAGAAAAGUUAAAGGACCCCUGA